CACUUCCGGCGGCCUCCCCCGCUUCCUGGCAUCUCCGCGGUACUGCUUUCCCUGGUUGUUCCUGCCGUCAUGAAGGACGUACCCGGCUUCUUACAGCAGAGUCAGAGCUCCGGGCCCGGCCAGGCCGCCGUGUGGCACCGUUUGGAGGAGCUCUACACCAAGAAGUUGUGGCAUCAGCUGACUCUUCAAGUGCUUGAUUUUGUACAGGACCCCUGCUUUGCCCAAGGAGAUGGUCUCAUUAAGCUUUAUGAAAACUUCAUCAGUGAAUUUGAACACAGGGUGAAUCCUUUGUCCCUGGUAGAAAUCAUUCUACAUGUAGUUAGACAGAUGACUGAUCCUAAUGUGGCUCUUAGUUUUCUGGAAAAGACUCGUGAGAAGGUGAAAAGCAGUGAUGAGGCCGUGAUCUUGUGCAAAACCGCGAUUGGCGCUCUGAAGCUGAAUAUCGGUGACCUGCAAGUGACGAAGGAAACUAUCGAAGAUGUUGAAGAAAUGCUCAACAACCUCCCUGGGGUGACAUCCGUUCACAGUCGUUUCUACGACCUCUCCAGUAAAUACUAUCAAACAAUUGGAAACCAUGCAUCCUACUACAAAGAUGCUCUGCGAUUUCUGGGCUGUGUUGACAUCAAGGAUCUGCCAGUGUCUGAGCAGCAGGAGAGAGCUUUCACACUAGGACUGGCAGGACUUCUUGGCGAGGGAGUUUUCAACUUUGGUGAGCUGCUCAUGCACCCUGUGCUGGAGUCGCUGAGGGACACGGACCGGCAAUGGCUGAUUGACACCCUCUAUGCCUUUAACAGUGGCAAUGUAGAGCGAUUCCAGACUCUGAAGACCGCCUGGGGCCAGCAGCCUGAUUUAGCAGCCAACGAAGCCCAACUUCUGAGGAAAAUUCAGUUAUUGUGCCUCAUGGAGAUGACUUUUACACGACCUGCCAAUCAUAGGCAACUCACUUUUGAAGAAAUUGCCAAAAGUGCUAAAAUCACCGUGAACGAGGUGGAGUUGCUGGUGAUGAAGGCCCUCUCGGUGGGGCUGGUGAAAGGCAGUAUUGACGAGGUGGAUAAGCGGGUUCACAUGACCUGGGUGCAGCCCCGCGUGUUGGAUUUGCAACAGAUCAAGGGGAUGAAGGACCGCCUGGAGUUCUGGUGCACCGACGUGAAGAGCAUGGAGAUGCUGGUGGAGCACCAGGCCCAUGACAUCCUCACCUAGGCUCCUGGCCUCGGCCUGUCUGCGGAGGUGUUUGGUGGCUCAUGGUCCAGGCAGCUGAGAAGACCUGUGUUUAAUUCGGGGUGGGAGUGGGAUUCAGUUUGGAUUAGGGACUGUUCUUACUGUGCAGAUUGUCACAGAGGACUGUCAUUAAUGAGGGGGCCAGCCAUAGGCAAAAGACCCAUUUCUGGAUGCCGCUGUAGCCUGCAGUGGAGAGGGGUUGCUGGGGCUCAGGUGAGGCAGCAGGAAUGUGUGGGUACCUCCAGGAAUGGGGAAGAAAACCCCUUACAGGUGGAGGGCACCCAUUCCAGCAUUUGCCUUCACUGCACCCACAUGUGUGAAUGGCUUCUCCAGUGCAGCUUAAGGAUGUUUCUGUAAUAAAUGCCUUGCUCUGUC